AUGAGCAGUGAUUUGUCACCCCCUGCAGCUGUACAGCUGUGCUACGAGGACCUAAAUAGAUCUUGUAUCAAAACUUCCUACUCCCCAGGCUCCCGACUGAUUCUAUACACAGUCUUUGGCUUUGGGUCUCUGCUGACUGUAUUUGGAAACCUCUUGGUGAUUAUCUCAAUUCUUCAUUUCAAGCAGCUGCAUUCUCCGGCCAAUUUUUUGGUUGCAUCCCUGGCCUGUGCUGACUUCUUGGUGGGAAUUGUUGUGAUGCCCUUCAGCACCGUGAGGUCUGUGGAGAGUUGCUGGUAUUUUGGAGAAAGUUACUGCAAAUUCCACUCUUGCUUUGAAGGGUCAUUCUGUUAUGCUUCUAUCUACCACUUGUGUUUUAUUUCUAUUGAUAGAUACAUUGCAGUAACGGAUCCUCUGAUCUACCCAACCAGGUUUACUGCAUCUGUUUCUGGCAUAUGUAUUGCCUUCUCCUGGCUCCUUUCCAUUAUUUAUAGUUUUUCCCUUCUUUACACAGGGGCAAAUGAAGUUGGGCUGGAGGAACUAGUAAGUGCUCUCACCUGUGUGGGAGGCUGUCAAGUGGCAGUGAAUCAAAAUUGGGUGUUGGUAAAUUUCAUAUUAUUUUUCAUACCCACGCUUGUGAUGGUAACUGUUUACUCCAAUGUUUUCCUCAUUGCUAAACAACAGGCUAGGAAUAUUGAAAGCAUGAGCAGUAAGACUGCAGAAUCAUCGGAGAGCUACAAAAGCAGAGUGGCCAAGAGGGAGAGAAAAGCAGCUAAAACUCUGGGAAUUGCUGUGAUAGCAUUUCUGAUUUCAUGGUUACCGUACUUCAUUGAUACAAUAAUUGAUGCCUUCCUAGGUUUCAUCACACCUGCAUAUAUUUAUGAAAUAUUAGUUUGGUUUGCUUACUAUAACUCAGCCAUGAACCCCUUAAUUUAUGCUUUCUUUUAUCCUUGGUUUCGAAAAGCCAUCAAACUCAUUGUCACUGGCAAAGUCUUAAGAGAGAAUUCCUCAACAAUAAGUUUAUUUUCUGAAUAG